UAUUUAUUCAAAAAUACACAUGGAGUAUAAAAUAUUUUAAAAAAUCACAAUUACAAAUAUAUUGUAAUUAUUGGGUCAAAAUAAUGGAUUUGCGGGAGCCCCUGUUGCCCUCCCCUAAAUGAAAAUGGGCAAUGACGCCGGUACCGGCAGUACUGUGAAAGGCGGCAAGACAGUGGAAGAAUGCCAGCGCAUGAUUCAGAAGAGCCUCAGAACUCCGAUGGUGAAGUUUCUGAGGGAGCGUGUAGAGAAAGCUGGAUGCGGAAUGGGUGAAAAUUUCUUCAAGGCUAUACGCUGUGACCAGAGUGUUGGUGGUGGGUAUGCUCCAGGCGAAGGGAUAGUUGUAUGUAGUAACCACAUGAACAUUCAAGAUGAGGUGAACCAAGUAGUCAUCCAUGCACUGAUUCACGCAUAUGAUGACUGUCGUGCUAAUAUUGACUGGACAGAUUGUGCUCAUCUUGCUUGCAGUAAGAUUAGAGCUAACCAUCUCAGUGGUGAUUGUCAUUACAAAAGGGAGUUCCUUCGAGGCAAUUUAAAGAUAAGAGGUCAUGAACAAUUUGUGCCUGGCUGGGAACGGUACUUGGAGCUAUACGAAUGCAAAUUGCCGUAUAUACUAAAUAAAUUACUCCAUUUUCCUUGGAAAAUUUUGGAUGACGGAGUGCGUGAGACGACGAGUGAUAAAGGAGCUGAAGCCUCACUUCAGUGAAACAGCUGCCCAAGAUGCUAUGGAAGCCGUGUGGGAGACUUGCUAUAAUGAUACUGAGCCCUUUGAUAGAGCUCCAUAAAUUGUGCAUGUUGUACUUCAUAGAAUUAAAUGCUUUUGACAUAGGCCUUGUUUGGUAAAUGUUUGUUAGCUGUUGCUGGUAGCUGGUUGUGUCAGCUGUUGCGAAACAGCUAGUUGUGUUAGCUGUUUUGACCGACUGGUUAUGUUGGCUGAUUAUAAAUAACUGUUUGGUAAAAUUGGCUCUUUCGAAAUGGCUGAUAGAGUGUAAAUUGAACCAGCCAAAUGAAGAAGCUGCUCCCCUUAGCUUCUUCCACAAUCCAUUUUUUCAGCUUUUCAAACUCAACAAGCUAAUUUUAAAAGCCAUUUACCAAACAUUAUUAUUAGCUUCUUUGACUAAUCAAACAGUUGAAAUGGGUCAAACAAGCUAAAAGCUGGCUGAUAAGCCAUUUGCCAAACAUACCCAUAAUGUGAAACGUUUAAUAGCGGAUAUGCAAGCUCUUGCCUUCCCUUUUGUUGGAUGAGAAUAUGGGAUUGCUUAUUCC